AUGGAAUAUAUGUCGCUUUUUUAUUCCCUUCGUCGACUUAGAAUACGGCGAAUCCCAUCAAGAUUUCACGUCAAAUCUACGCGUUUAGUGGACUACUUCAAUAGGCCUUCCAGUCUAAGCUUUUUCUACGACUUCGUUCAAACGACCCGCUUAGACUAUUCUUCUUACUGUUCAAGUUUCAAUAAUUCAGAAGGGGAAAAAAUUUCUCUCUUGCAGUUUAAGAAAAGUCUUCAUGACCCGUCUGAUCAACUGAAAACGUGGAAUGCUUCCACUAACUGCUGCGAGUGGAAGGGAAUCCAAUGCCACAAUAUAACAGGGCACGUUAUUCAGUUGGAUCUUCGGAGUCCUCUAGGCAAUAAUAUGACAAGAUCCCGGCAGAAUUUAAUCGGUUCUGCUCUUUCCCCAUUGAAUGGUAAACGUGACGUUCUUUCGCCAUUGUUUAAUCUAACAAUGUUAGAACGCUUGGAUCUCAGCUACAACGCCUUCAUUGGUGUUGCUGUCCCUCAGCAACUCAACACGCUGAAAUAUUUGCGCUAUUUGAACUUGUCAAAUGCUGGAUUUGCCGGAAAGAUACCCAUGGAGUUGGGGAACAUGUCCACGUUGCGCUCGUUGGAUCUUUCAACAGAUUACUAUAUUUCCUAUUCCUCCAUCGCAAUUGAGGACAUGCAGAUGUGGAUAGGAAACAUGAGAGAUUUAGAGGAGCUUCUGCUGGACGGGGUGAAUAUGACGAAAGUGGCAAGCGAUGAAUGGGGCAAAGCUAUCUCCACAAUGCACAGCCUCAGGCGUCUUCAAAUGUCCAACUGUAUGCUCUCUGGCCCAAUUCCCCCUUCCCUUGCAAAUCUUACCAGUCUAACCCACCUCCAGCUUGAUGGCAAUUCUUUCUUCUCGUCCAUACCCACUCACUUACAGAACCUUUCCAGACUGGUUUCUCUGAAGCUUAGCAACUGUGAGCUCAAGGGUUCCAUUCCUUCUGAUCUAUCGAGCCUUCCAAGCUUGCAAGAAGUCGACUUGUCUGCCAAUCUAGACUUGGAAGGAAAGCUUUCAAGCAUUCUGCCACUACACUCUGCGUCACUUGAGAGCCUUGUUCUUACAACAACAAGUGUAGGAGGAGCUAUUCCAGAUGCAAUUGUGAACAUCUCCUCGUUAACUCGCUUGGACCUCUCCAACUGCUUUGUCCAGGGUAUGCUUCCUCUCACCAUUGCAAAUCUUACAAGGCUUGUAAUGUUGGAUAUCUCAAAUAACAUGUUAAAUGGAAGUAUACCGCCGUUUGGGGCAAAGCCUCCAUUAGGAACAUUUCCUUUAGCCUAUAUCGAUCUUUCAUACAAUAAAUUGCAGGGCAGGAUACCCUCCAUGUUGUUGGGUGCAUUUGGGGAGCUCCGCUAUGUUCACUUGAGGCAAAACCUAUUGACCGGUGACAUUCCAUCCCUUGACAUGGCCACCCUCAAAAGCCUUGACCUGAGCAACAAUAAAUUGAACGGAACAAUUCCUUCCUUGGCCAACAUAAAGUCCCUUGUUCUUCUUGAUCUGAGUAAUAACCUCUUGACUGGCAAAAUCCCGGCUUCUGUUGGUCAACUCCUUUCCCUCAGUACGCUUGAUCUAAGCAACAACUUGUUAACACAUGCCAUUCCUCACAACAUUUUAAAUCUAUCUCAACUGAAGGGUGAUUUGCCGGCCUUCUUAAUAACUCAAACUUCCAUUGCCGAUUUGGAUUUAUCCAAUAACAAUUUAUCCGGUCAUAUUCCUGCGUGGAUAUGGGAUUCCCUUCCUCUUCAACAGCUCAACCUGUCUUAUAACAGUUUUGCAGGUACUUUACCCUCUAAGCUAAUGGGGCCCAAAACAUUGAAGAUUCUGGACUUGCAUCACAAUAACUUUCAUUGUCCGCUUCCGCUUCCUCCUCCUUCAGUGGUUGUCUUUGAUCUGUCGGAAAAUCAGUUUUAUGCAUCCAUUCCAGAUGAAAUAGGCGAAUAUCAUUUUAAUUACCUGUCUCUGUCUCACAACAAUCUCAGUGGUAGAAUUCCAUCUACAAUAUGUGAAGGGUUGUCUAUGCAGAUUCUGGAUUUAUCAUGUAACAGUCUUACAAGUGAGAUUCCUCCAAGUUUUGUAGACUGCAAUUAUCUUGUGGUGUUGAAUUUGGAGAACAAUUAUUUAGAAGGUGAGUUGCCAGCGGAGUUGGGAAACAUGACUUCGCUUCAAACAUUGAAAAUCAGGGGAAAUCGUCUAAAUGGAACUCUGCCAACCCUUGCAAAUUGUAAGCAGUUGCAGAUAUUAGAUGUGGGAGAUAACAGUCUGACAGGGAAGAUUGCUUCAAAUUGGAUUCUAGAGCUUCCUAAUCUUAAGAUUUUAAUUUUAAGAUCAAACAGAUUUGAAGGAAGUGUGCCUGCUGAUAUAGGCAAAGUAUCGUCUCUUCAAAUCUUAGACCUUUCAAUGAACAGUUUUUCAGGAGUAAUUCCAAACAGCCUUCCAGAGAUGAAGGGCAUGGUAAACGACUCAAUGAAUACAGGAGUCUUUGAAUUUGGAUUGAUAAAAGGCUCAACAUAUGUAGAGAAAAUAAUCAUCACAAGCAAAGGAUUGGAGCUGGAGUUUGUUAGAGCUUUGAGUUUAGUCAAAUGUCUUGAUCUAUCAAGCAGUAGAAUAUCUGGUCAUAUCCCUGAAGGUAUUGGAUCUCUCAUUGGAUUGAUCUUUCUUAAUAUUUCAAGAAACCAUAUUAAUGGUGGUAUACCCAAGUCCUUGGGAAAGAUGGCACAGCUAGAGUCCCUUGACCUCUCGCAUAACCAACUGUCUGGAAUUAUUCCUGUAGAGUUGGUGAAUCUCACAUUCCUAAGUUACUUGAACCUGUCAUACAAUAAACUUACAGGAAAGAUUCCGCUAGGCGGGCAGUUCAUAACAUUCGAAGCCUCAUCCUUCUCACAUAAUGCAGGUCUAUACGGCCUCCAACUGAAGGAGCCAUUCUUGCCUUCGCCAAAGGAUGAAAUCAGGUCGAAGACAAAAGAAGGGGCGAAGAAAAGCAGGGUAAUAGAGGGAAUUGACAGUUUCAUCGUGUUGAUGGGGAUGAGCUUUGGAAUGGGCUCGGGUAUAAUAGUAGCUCCUUUGUUCCUUCUGAAGAAACAGCGGGAAAAGUUCUUCCAUUUGUUAGACAGUAUAUUGAUUUGGGUUGUCGACUUUGUUCCCUGUGAGAAAUUGACCCCCUGUAAGAAUCUGUCGAUGAAGAAAAUGUCGGACGACGAAGACCAAGAGCAUUUUGAAGAAAGCAAGAAAUUAAUACGCUUUUGUGUACGUUGUACUCAAAUUGACAGAGAGACUAAAACUACAGUUAAUACUGAAUGUAUAUGUUGA